CUAUGGGCACUUUAAUUCCAUUUGGCAUUACAAAUAUAAACAAGACAAUGGAAAACAAAUAAUUUAACACGAUUGUGUAGAAAAUGGAUGGCCAAAUUCAGGAUAAUUUUCGAACAGUUUUCGAUCAUACUGGUAGCACAGUGCAUUUUAACAACAAUUGUUGAACUAUAUCUCGCAUCUUUAUUGUGAGGAUAGACGAAUCGUUUUUACUAAAAUACAACUUCUUAGUACUUAUACAGAUUUUUUUUUCUUGACAUAAGAGCACAUAGAAAGGAGUGAAGGCGAUCACAGCCUUGAUGUUUGAUUAAACCUACAUUGCAGCAAGUGCACCAAUACACCUGCAAUUUAUUGUGUAGCAAAUUAUUUAAAUUCUGCAACAACUUGUAUGAUGUUUGCAUGUAAUCACAGCAGAUUGUAAGUCGAGAUGUCAAGAGGCUUCAUACACACCCAAACACACAUGUGCGUAAACACACACGCACACACAGUAUAGUAAAACCAAAUCAGAAGAAGUUAUUUAAUAAUCACACAUGUGGCUCAAUUUUGAGUGGAUGACACAACACCGAGCAGUCAUUUUUACAUAUAUGUAGAAGAAUCCUAAUUUAAUGGUGUUUCGAUUGAAAGGUUUUUUUUGGUGAUGUUUUUAAGUAUCAGCCUGGAACAUAUUACUUUCUAAAUUGUGCACAGUAGCUUGUCUGGUGUUUACUAGUAAAAACUGCAUGCACUGAGAUGCCUAAUCAUGCUCAAAAAUACCCUGCUACCUACAUAUGUGCAAUACUUUACUUAUUUCUUUUAAGGUAAACAGGCAAAAUGUGAUGUGAAGAAGCUGCAAAUUAUUGUUGUUAUAAUUAUCUUUCAGGUGACUACUUCUUUACUUUGAUUUAAGUCUAACUUAACACAGUGUCCAACCAGUAUCUCCAGAGACAAGUAUAACAGCAUUAUUUUUCCAGUUUUCUCGCACUUGAAUACAACUGCCAUGUCACUACAAAUCAAAAGGUCUAACAUAUGUACAACACUUAAGUUUUAUUUUUCAAAUCGGCAAAGUUAAGAUGGAAUGUGAACAAGGUUACGAUGAGUGACUCCUCACAGCGUCAAUCGGCCGUCUGUGAAGAUCGUAGUUCCUUUCACUUCAUUCACACCACAAAUUCUCUCUUUUUCCUUCAGCGUCAGGCAGGACAGGCGCGUGAAGAACAGAUGGCACAACAACAGCACGAAUCAAAGAUGAAUGGAUCAUCAAAUCUGAAAACGCGCCUCAGUAAUGCUGAGAGGUUUCCCUGCACCGCCCCAACCAUAAAUAUGGACCAACACCCUGAACUGAUGGACUUCUUACCAAAGGACUAUCAGUACCACGUAUGCAGGUACACAGCUGUGAGCCAACCUGACAGUGACCACACUAGUUUUGAGGCCACAGUACGCAUGUCGCUCCAGACGAAGGAGGAGAUCCUGGUGUGGCUGAAGUGCAUGGCAGUCACAUGGAGAGUGGCCUACACCAGGCCCACUAAAGGCCAGAAGAUCAUCUUCAAAGCAGACUACCGGUGCCAGCAUAACACGAAGCCCAGAGAAACAACACCAAAGACUGGCAGAGUGUCCAAAAAUACAGACUGUCCUGCUAAACUUAAAGUUACCCUUGUGCGCACUGAGGUCUCCCAUGGGCAACGGAGCAGAAGCACAGAUCCUCACAUACCCAACUACCCGACACUCGUGGAUAUCAGUAAUAUUCACAAUCACAACAUACACGUGGCUGAUGCUGUGCUUGAAUGUGCCGAAAUAGAAGACGCUGAUCAAUCGUGGUGCGGACAAACCAUUGCAGCCAUUGAGGAGCUUGAUAGUACUGAAACAUCUGAGGUUGUCCAAGACAGCGAGCAGUGGGACUCGAUGAUCAAGGAGUUUUCGGCCAUGGUGCAGAGCAAUGAAGGAUUUCAAGGAGCAGCAUCCGCCUUCAUCAAGACCUUCCACAGACUGAAGGGGAACCCUUCCAUGCUGCAGUCGGCGAUGCGCAUGUUUGGCCGCUAUGACGGCAGCAGUUUGGUGUCAAAGAGAGCUCUCCAACGAGCAGCUAACUGUGCUGGGUCAAGUAUAGCCACACAGCCCUCCUCUGUUACCCGCCGAAAAGUCAAGCUCGGGGGCAGGCGCCGAGUCACAGCAGGGAGGCCGACAAAAAAUGUUGCAACCAUGGACCAUCGCUACAGCUACCCUAAAGGAGGGCAGUCAGACACUGACAGUUUGCCUCAGCAGUAGAACGUGUCGCAGCAAUAUAAAAUAAUUAACGCUCCACAACCAACGUGCCCCUCAACUUCCCCCUUUUCGUCUCUCGAAAGAGGCUGGACGCUCCACCACCACACCCAUCACCUUCCCCCUUUUCAUAUAGUGGUUUGUGUAUAGUAAAUUGUAUAUAGAUGCUUUUACAGACUUACACUCAGCAACAGUGUUGCUGCCUAUGAUUGUUUGUACAAAUAUCUGUUGUUAAUGUCUAUAGUCCCUCUGAUAAAGCUAUACAGAGUGAGUGCCGUUGUAAAGUACAUCUCAAAUGAAGAUACGUUUUUAAAGACUUGCCUUUUCAAAUAUUUUUUUAA